UGAUCUAGUUUUUAUGUUUUGAUUGAUUUUUGAGCCAUUUUUUUAACACGAGUAAUAUAAGUUCUGAAAUGAGACAUUCUUCUAAGCUGUAUUGUGAGCUUCUUUGGAAAAAGAGCAUUUCAAAUUACUUACCAACUUUCAAUAUGAUUUUCUUAGCUUCGUUCGAAGGUUGCAGAUCAACCUUUGAAUGAAAAUUCUAAAAAGAUACGGCUGAUUUAGUGAGUUUUGUAAGUCAUAAUAUAUUGUCCAUAAUUUUUAGCAAACAUACACGAAAUUACAAGUAUUAAAUUGAAGUGGAUAGCAAUACGCCCGAAGCCGUUCUUUUUGAAUCGAAAAAAAUAAAGUGGACAAAGUUUAAAAAAAUAGCUAAUGUUGGCCAGUAUACUCCAAGCACACUAUAGUACAAUAUUUUUCUAUUGAUUGUACAUAAUCUAUCCUUUAUUGUUGACGUAAGGAAAAAUUUUGGUUAAAACAAGCAUCGCUUUAAAAAUGAAAAAUGGAAUUAAAAAAUCGUAAAUCAAAAGAAUUAUCUCGAAAAAAAUUGGAUAAGCAGCUCACUCAUAUGAAAUAGAUGCCUGCAGGCGCUUAGUGACGAGAUGGAUUAUGAUAAGAUUUUCCAAGAACUAAUUGAAAAUAAUUUUCACAAAUACACAUAAUAAUUACUUAAUUAUAUGCUAAUUACUUAAACCAAUCACAAAAACCUCUUCCUUUACCCUUUAGUACUGUAAUCUAAGGCGUACAGUCCAAUCUCGAGGCGACAGGGAUGUAGUUUUUGGCUUAUUUCAAGCAAACCGUUUUAUAUACUUUGUACUUGUACUUACGUACUAACGUUUCUAGAUUACUUUAAGUACAUUUUAUACAAAUAUCUUGAUACUUACUCCAGCCGUUUACUCUAGCUUCAUUAUCCAAGACUUGUCCUGCAGGCAGAUACAUGAUCUUUGCACCGGAAAUUAAACUGUUACUGUACUGCAAGUCACGAGCAAUAUGUGCAAGUCCUUUUGCGCUUUAGUUAUAUCUGCUAACGUUCUAAUCCUGCACCUAACGAUUCCAACGAUUCGCUCCAAAAUCUCUCUCUCCAUUAGCUAAUAAUGUCAACCCCUAGGAUCAUCUAAUAACACGAUACUUGUAUACCUCAAUUUCGGGACAAUAUUAUUAAAAAUUAGUCUGAUGUUGUUGUAAAAAAAGAGGACCAAAUUGACCCACCCAAGUUAUGUCCCAUUAUGUCCCGUAUUUUAACGUUUACAAACACACCGCAGCCGCCGUCCGCCAUCAUCGCCAGCUGCAAUCUUUCCGCCUGUUGAUAUAAUCCAUCUCAAGUGUCCUUAAACAAAAAUCGAAAAGGACGAUCUGUCUCGUGGAUGGAGCAAAGAAAAAGAAAAAAACGCUAGUCAUUUAUGCAAAUGUCAUUUAAUUAUCAACCACAGAAACUGAUGAGAAACGGAUUGGUUGCUAAAAUGGUGCACGAAGAAGAAGAAACAACAACGGGAAAAACUAGAAAAAAAUCAGAGUCGUUCGAAUCUGUUUGUCUGUUUGCGGCGUCCUUCGUAUCCUUCAUUUUCUGCACAAAAAGGGAAGCGACAAGAACGGGGAAGUAGGAAGACCUGGCAUACCGCAACCAGCAGCAAGCGGGAAAACGCAUAAGGGGGAAGAAUUCGACCGCACACACGCACGGUGUCCUCGAUCCUUCCUCUGCUCUGGGAUAAAGUGGGAGGAGUUUUGGUUUGGCUCUGUGUACCCCUCACCAUUGCUGGCAAGCUUUGGUCCCGAUUUGUGGGCAAAGGGAGGGAAAGAGGGCGUAAAUAUUUGGACAGGGAUUCAAUUUCACCAAAACAAUCUCCACGAAAAGGCGGCAAUCUCGGCAAUGAAAAGAGAAGGCAGAAAAUAAAAAGGAUGUGAUCGGGCGCUACCGGCGUUCAGUGUGUGAUCGGUGCGGAAAGGAACCGGACCUCCGUGGCGAGUGAAUGCGUGUGUCUGUGUGUGUGUGUUGUUGGCAGCAGGACUACCACCAACUGCGUCAGUGUAAUUAUAAUGGCGGCUUCGAGUUGCAAGAGUGUGGCGCCCUUGCGGCAGAGUGACUUCAGUAUCGAGCAUAUCCUUACGCGUGCUGGCGAACGGUACAGCAAGCGGCGCAAACUAUCGAACGAAGUAGGCGGCUGUCGAAAUUGUUGCUCCACUAACAGCAGCAGCAGCAGCAGCAACAGUAGCCCAAGAAGUGUCCAUAGUGAAGAGGGCGAAGGUGAUGAUAAUGAUAAUGGUGGACGGUUACGCGACGAACCCGGUACGGAGGCAGACGAGGAACUCGACGAAGAGAUCGACGUGGGACAAUCCGUGAUGCAGCAUCCUGGACAGGAGGCUGGAUUUUUACCGACGGCACCCAGUUGCGGUAUGCCCACGUUCGAUUGGCUCUACUACACACGGUAUCAUCCACCGAAGCUACCACGUCCUCAGAAAACGGGUCCAGUCAAGCGAACGCCCGGACGUUUGCCGCGUGUACCGUUUACGCCUGCCCAGCUGAGCGCACUGGAGGACGCGUACAAAGUGUCCACCUACCUGAGCUCCGAGGAAGCGAACCAGCUCGCCUACAGUCUCGAGCUGACCAACACGCGGGUGAAAAUUUGGUUCCAAAAUCGGCGCGCCCGAGAUCGGCGCGAAAAGCGGGAAGCAUCAUUGAUGACCGGUGGGGGGGCGGCCACGUUCACCUCCGAAUCGCACCCAACGCACUGUACGUUGCUGCCGCCACUGUACGCCACUGUAGGAAGUGCGGCUAGCGGUUCCCGUACCGGCAGCCAUCCUUCGUCGCCGUCAAGCGUGGAAGCGUCUGCCGGCGGUCGGCAGAGCCGAAGUCCUACCACGGACCGAAGCUAUUAGAGCAGCAGAGAGAGGUUUGAAAAGCAACUGUUUUAGAGGCUACCACGGGAGGGUUUAGCACGCUUUUUUUGUGAUACCUGCGAUCUACGAGACCUGUACGCGAUCACGAGUGAUCGAAACGCGAAACGGGACACUUUUGUACAGUGAUUAUGUGAAUAAGAUUUUUGGCUAAGAACAUGCACAUUAGUGGAUAAUAUAAGUGAGAAGAAGUGUGGUGAGAGAGUGCUGAGAUCGUGUUUACUAAGCAGCAAGAUUUUUGGAAUAAAAAAAGAGAUUAUUUACACGCACUAAA